CAUGUUAAAUUGACUUUUUGUUGCACUUUUAUACUUGAAGUGGGCUUGAAACACGUUACAAAAUAUCUUGUAAACUUUUGAUCAAAGACAGUCUUGCUCCUAUAUAACAUAUAGUUGCAUCGUGACUCAUCAACAGCAUCGUGAAAAACUGCAACUGUAACACAAUUUUGGUCGUAACAUUUCCGUGUACUCUUGGAGAAGUGCUUCCUGACACAGUUUGGUCUCUAUUCACUUUGUCAACUGAAACAUCAACUCAAAAAUGCAAAUACGAAAAUAAAACUCCAGUAAGCACAUCUGAAGCUUGCGUGAAGUAAAACAAUAAUAUACCGAUGACCAUCAUUUAUCCUAUUUAUUUUAUUUAAGCUUUGUUCGUGGUUAUACGGUGUCAAAUGAAAGUAUUAUAUCAGUGGAUAUUUCACUAUGACAAAGGUUUUAGAAUUAUAUUUUCAUAAUCAUACUUUUUACAUCAAGAUCACUUCCUAAAUGUUUGUCUGAGGUUUGGUCCUUGUUCAUUUAAAGCCUGACGCACUUGUUUGUGUUAAUGUUAGUACUAACAGAGCUGCUUCUUUCAUUGCUUUUUAGAGACUUGAAUUUCUUUUAAAAUGUAUAUUUUAAUAAGGCCAUUUUAAAAGUAAAACUCUAUACUUUCUUUUCCUUCUACUUAAUGUGCUGAGGUUACAAGGGUUAAAUGACUUGUAGAUAAAUCACCUCUGUGUGUCUGAUGAAGCCCUGUGAGGAAACACUGUUCCUCUGCAGUUUAUACAGAAAAAAGGGAAGUGAGGACUUGCAAGCAAAUUUUGUUUUUCUUUUUUAUCCAGACACCACAGUCAGCAUAUGCAUUUGCAACAUGAACCACUCAGAUGAGCGGUCUCUUUUAGAGGAAAUGGCCCCUGAGGAGUUUGACGGUAAAGUGGUGGUGUCUGUGAUCCUGGCUCUGUCUUUCUUGGUAGGGGCACCGGGGAACCUGCUUGUGAUCUGGACUAUCCUGAGACAUGUCAAGCAGCGCUCUCACACCGUGGUGCUCAUCCUGCACCUGGCUGCUGCAGAUUUGCUCGUCCUCAUCACCCUGCCUCUGUGGAUCUACUCUCUGGCCCGCUCCUGGGUCUUUGGAGAGACCUGUUGCAAAGCUAUGGUGUUCAUGAUCAACGCCUGCAUGUACAGCAGUGUUUUUCUCAUCACCGUCAUGAGCGUGGAACGUUUUAUGGCCGUGCGUUAUCCCUUUGCUUCAGCCAUCUGGAAGAGAAAACAAGCUCUGAAUAAAGUGCUAUUGGCUCUUUGGACUACAGCGUUCUUGUUCAGCAUCCCAGUCAUCCCGACUCAGGUUGUCGGGGACGAUUCGGGAGAGGAGCAAUGUUUGUACCGUAUGUAUACCUCUGUGGCCCAGGAGCUGGUGUGUGUGCUGCUGGAGACAGUGGUGGGGUACAUAUUACCCUUCUUCAUCCUUGUGGUCUGCUAUGGCUGCCUGUGCAGCCGCAUCAUUCAGAUGACCUACAGGUCAAAACGCAAGUCCACUGUCUUGAUUGCCAGCGUCGUUAUUGCGUUCGCCAUUUGCUGGACACCUCAUCACAUAGGAAACAUCCUCUCGCUACUCAUUCUGGCCAUAUCAGGCCACGACAAUGAUAUGGCAAAUAAUCUGGAAAGUGUCAGGGACACCAUGGUUUUCGUCUCAGGAGGCAUGGUCUUCAUCAGCAGCACAAUAAACCCCAUCCUCUACAUGUUUGCAGCCCGCUCCUUCAGGACCUCGCUGCGGGACACCGGCAUCCAGAAGCUCUUCCGCCACAUUUCCAGCACCUCCCCAGGUGAGGGCAACAGGGAGCUGUCCUUUGUGUCCAAGAUACAGAGCAGUCUGACCAACAGCUCACAGUGUGUGACCGAGUCAAAAGACCAAAUUGAUAUUUUGGUAAAAAUGUGUGAAAAUAAUCCAUCCUGACACUGAAAUGCUGUAGAAUAUUGACUGUGCUGCACCGAGACAUUACAUUUUCUAAAUCUUGGAAACUUUGUGUCAAAUUAACCUACUUUUGUGCAAUGAUGAAACAGAUAAACGAGAUAUCCAUGUUAACCCGUCUUAUUCUUGUCCAACUUUGUAAAUUUCCCACCUUUUUUUUUCCAGUUGUUAUAUAUAUUUAUAAAAUGGUGUAUCCUGGGUAGCUUACUGUAUGUCUCUUGUGAUAACAUCUGAAUACAUAAAUAACUUAUGUUUAUGUCAUUUAUGUUUAUCUAUAAAUGACGUAUGUAUGAAUGAAACUUGUUUAAUUGAGGCUUGCAACAUGAAGUUUGUUUAAUUCACUCAUUAUGCUGUUUAACAUUAAAAAUCGCCACUCUUAUAAAAAAUGCUUUUUUCACUCAAGAAUGAUUAGCUUUUUUUUUCUUUUAAAUUCCACUACAGACGACAGUCAUGCUUUCAACUUCCUCUCACUGAAAGGAUUGCCAAACGAAAAAAGAAAAAAACUGCAUGUUCCCUCUGCCG